UCAUUGUCAUCCACGUCUCAUUUUUCAAUCUGUCAGGAUCAAAGGUGUAAUAGAGAGAAGGUGGAUAUAGGGGUAAAACGACAGAGUCCAGGCAUGCAGGCUUUUUCAACACUAUUGCAGGGUAUGUCUGCAAGGAAGGCCUCAAAGCCGUCCCCCUGCAGUGCUGGGAAAAGUGCAUCGUCUGAACCAGAGAGCCAAUUGAAUAAAGACUCAGAGUCCUGCCUUCAGGCUAUCUCCAGUGGAACCCAGAGCAUGUCUGCAGAGCUGGCAAUGACUUCAAAGAGUCCCCACGGGGAAAAGGAGCCCCUGGCAUCCAGAUUACUCCUUGCAAAGGAUCACACCGAUCACAGGUCUGAGCGUGUGAAACACAAAGGAUUAAAAGGAUCCACCCAUGGGCAAGCAAGCAAGCAAACACAAAGCCGAGACACCCUGAAGAGCAACAGCAAGAUAAAACACCUUUUCAACAAAACAACCGUUGAGGAUGUCAUGCACCCCAAAGCUGAGACUACGUUUGCCUUCCUGGCAAGUACUGACACUGUCCCACAUGUUCCCACACGUGAUAUAGGCUCACUUUACAGUGAAUCUGAAGAAGAGGAAGAGGCAAAUGAUAACCUAUCAGGCUUCUUUCAGGACACAUUUAGAGAGGCCACCUAUCCAUGGAAAGUUUCUCUGUCAAGCUCAACCUUCAGCAGCUUUUCUCACCAUUCACACUUAAGUACAUCAACAGUUUCACCUGUUGGUCAUCAUGGAUACCGUGUUGGUCCUUUCCUGGAGCAAACAUGGCAACCUCAUGCGGCGUCACUGUUAUCUACCAUUGACAAACUCAAUAUGGGUUAUUUAGACCACGUGAGUAGCACCCAGAGGACACACCAGCAUCUCCUUAAGUUUCAAAGCAGCUGGUCAAGGACUGGCUCUUCACGCAGGACUUCUGUCAGCUUCAGUUCUGCUAGGCUUGCUGAGAAGCAACACUGUACCACCGACUUCAAGUCAAAGUCUUCUAAUGAGUCCUGCUGUCUAAGAGCCUCUGGACAGGUAGAUAAUCUGGAUGUGGAUGAUACAACGACGUGUAGAGAUAUCAAAGAGCGAGUACCCAGUCAAGAAUGUCAAGAAGCCCAGGAAGGAGCUACUGCUGCCCGAAAAAGCAGCAAAGAGCCUGUAUGCAGACCCAAACAAAGGUUUUUAGAUGAGUCAACUCAUGAGGAAGAAGGGGAACCAUGUCGGAUCUGCCACAGUGGCGAGAGUUCACCAACCAACCCACUAAUAUCCCCGUGCUCGUGUUCAGGCAGUCUGCAGUUUGUUCACCUCAACUGCCUGAAGAAAUGGAUUAGGACCAAAAUCGAGUCAGGGUUAGGGCCCUAUACUGUCAAAACAUGUGAACUUUGUAUGGGGAGGCUGACGUUGGCCCCGGAUACACUUCACUUGGACGAUUACUACAGAGAACAACAGCAACAGAUGGUGGCCAACCCUGACCUGUAUAAUCUCGAUGAUGUGUUAGGACUGGUAAUGCAGCCAAGACCUUUGCACGUUCCAAUAUGGUCAUUGCUUCCCAACCUAAGGAGAAGACUCCAAAGAAUCAGAGGGAGGAGGAACCCGUCACCACAAGAGACAUCUGACACUUGAUCCUUAGCUGUACUCUUUGGUGAUGUGGAACUACACACACACACGUUUUACAAUAAACCGCUAUGCAUCUAAUUCAG